AUGUACGAGCCUGAAUUUUUGGAUCUUCCUGAUGUUGGCAACUAUGGACUUCAGUCAUCUGUUUGGAGGGAGAAAAAUAUCUUGAAGCCAGCUCCUGGUAAACGACGGUGUAACUGCAGAAAUGAAAUCCAUCAUAGGCAAAUUGGUCCAGGGAUGUUCCAACAGAUGACCGAACAGGUUUGCGAGGAAUGCCAAAAUGUCAAAUAUGAACGAGAAGGGUAUAUAGUCACGGUUGAUAUUGAGAAAGGAAUGCAAGAUGGACAUGAGGUUGUUUUUUAUGAUGACGGCGAGCCUAUAAUAGAUGGAGAACCUGGAGAUUUGAAGUUCCGCAUUCGCACAGCACCCCAUGACCGAUUUAGGAGGGAAGGCAAUAAGUUACACACCACUGUCACCAUAACACUAGUUCAAGCUCUUGUUGGUUUUGAGAAGGCCAUUAAGCACCUUGAUGAACAUUUAGUGGACAUUGGAUCUAAGGGAAUUACUAAGCCGAAGGAGGUGAGAAAGGUCAAAGGAGAAGGGAUGCCAUUGCAUUUCAACAACAAGAAAGGAGACCUGUAUGUCACUUUUGAGGUCUUGUUUCCCUCGAAGCUCACGGAGGACCAGAAGGUCGAAAUCAAGGCGGUUCUCCGCUAGGAAUUGAUGGUACGA